GUGUGCGGGGCUGCUGGAGCCGGAGCAUCCGCGGAGGACGGAGCGUCCGCUGCCGGUCCGAGCAGCGACCCGCCGGGUCGGGGGGCACCGGUUCGAUUCGAGGCGGUGUCACCCGCGCCCCGAAACCCCCCCGGGAGACGCGCGCGGGGGGACGCGGUUACAUAAGAGCGGAUGCUUUUCCCCUUUUUAUUUUUUCUGUUCCUUCUUUUUGUUCAGCGCGUCGCUCAGCCCCCCGGGGACAGACGAGUGGUGCCCCCGUGCGGGGACUGUCACGCGUCGAGGAGCAGCCCCUGCACGACCCACGCGGCCGGUACCGAGAAUGUGGGGUGUCAGGGAACUUCCCGGGGCUUCCCUUGGCGGCACAGCGGGCUCCGGAGGCUGCUUUUCCUAUAGUUAUUUUUAAGAGAGAAAAUCUCCUAAUGGGAAGCCCAGAAUAGCUCCUGACUUUUGGCAGCCGUGUGGGCAGCUCUGGGUGCUGAGCUGUGCCCCGUGUGGGGGUCCCUGAGCACUGUGCUGCACAUCACAGUGUGGGGACAUGGGGACAUGGGCAGCUGCCGUGCCCGGGGUGAGGCGGUUGUGCCAGCAGUGCCUGCUCACCGCUCCAACACAAGGAGUCUAAUUAUAGCUGAGGCUGCAGCGCCGGCGGGCACCGUGAGCUCAGGCAUCUCCUUGGUGGGGAAAAGCCUGCCGGGCUGUGCUGGCGCUGAGGUGCUUGUGGUGCUGCUGACGGCCUCACUCACUUGCAGGUGUUGGGCUUGGCAGCCCCCAGCACUGCCCGCCCCAAUGGAGCACAGCGUGCCCUAGGAUGCCUCCGGCCGCAGCCCCGCAGCGCCCCACUGAUGGUGCCCCGUCCCUCCACCAUGCACGAUGAGCAGCAGCUGCCUGGCAAUGCGGUAGCUUGGCUGGCAUGUGCCGGCGUCUCACUGCUCGCCAACGCCUGGGGCAUCCUCAGCAUCAGUGCCAAGCAGAAGAAGUGGAAGCCGCUGGAGUUCCUGCUGUGCUCCUUGGCUGGCACCCACAUCCUCAACACCGCCAUCCCCAUCACCACAUACGCGGUGGUGCAGCUCCGGCAGUGGCACUCGGGCUACGAGUGGAACGAGGGGCUCUGCAAAGUCUUUGUCUCUACCUUCUACACCCUGACGCUGGUCACCUGCUUCUCUGUCACCUCCCUUUCCUACCACCGCAUGUGGAUGGUCCGCUGGCCCGUCAACUACAGGCUGAGCAACACACGGAAGCAAGCUGUUCACACUGUGAUGGGCAUCUGGAUGGUCUCCUUCAUCCUCUCCACUCUACCAGCAGUGGGGUGGCACGACACCACCGAGCGCUUCUACGCCAGGGACUGCCGCUUCGUUGUGACAGAGAUUGGCCUGGGCUUCGGCGUCUGCUUCCUGCUCCUCAUUGGGGGCAGUAUGGCUGUCGGUGCUGUCUGCAUUGGCAUUGCUCUCUUCCACACUGUCUCUGGUCGGCGCGGCCCCAACGCCAGCAGCAGCCGCUUCCACGUGCCCACCAUCGUGGUGGAGGAUGCCCAGGGCAAGCGGCGCUCCUCCAUUGAUGGAUCCGAGUCCAUCAAGACCUCCCUGCAGAUCACCUAUCUGAUCACCAUCAUCGUCCUCGUCUAUGACACCCUGAUGGGCUUCCCAGUACUGUGGAUGGUGCUGUGUCUCCUGUGGUGCUCGCUGGCGCAGUCCCUGCUCCUGCCCCUCUUCCUCUGGGCCUGUGACCGCUACCGUGCCAACCCACGUGCCGUCUGUGAGAAGUGCCGCUCCGUGCUGGCCAACGACGACGAGGACGAAGAGAGCAGCCUGGAGGGCGCGGUGGCCGUGGCAGGAGAGCUGGUGUACGACCGCCCCUACGAGUACGGCUGUGCAGCUGAGGUGUUGGUGCUGGACCCUAUUGCCACGCGUGACUUCUCAGUGCUGGAGCAGGGCCUGCCCCCAGUGAGCCCCGCCAGGACGGAGCCAGGGGACCGCGUGCAGUACCUGCAGGUUCCCCCGCUGCGGCGCUUCUCCCACGACGAGGCAGAGCUGUGGAACGGCGGCCACAUCGCCGCGUACCUGCAGCGCUGGGGGCCGGGCGGAGACGCGGCGGGGCUGGCCCGGCUCCUGGCAGCGCAUCGCGACCCGCCCCGCCACGGCCUCGGCCCGCACCCCGCCGAGCGGCUCCGCUGCUCCUCCCGCCGCCGUUCCGCAGACAGCCUGGCCGUCCCGCCGCGCCCGGCCCGGGACCUUCACCCGGUUGAACUGCUCCCGUUCGGCGCACAGCGGGGGGCGGCGGGCGGCGCGGGGCGCUCGGCCUCUACGGCAUCGCUGCCCGCGGCCGAGCGGCACCAGGCGCUGCUGAACGCGCUGCCCAUGGCCGCGCUGCAGCGGGAAGCACCGCGCCCGCCCGGCCCAACGCGCGGCCUGUCGGUACCGGGUCUGUCGGUCCCGGUCCGGCCGUUGGCUCCCGAGGACGCGCUGUGUCUCCCGGUGCCGGUGCCCGGCGGGGGCUGCGCGGGGCGGGCGGGGCCGGGCAGCACCGGCAGCUUCGUCAGCUCCGAAUCGUCGGGGUACGGCACCUGCACGUCGGGCUCCAUCGGAUCCGCCUCGUAGGCCGGGACGGACCGGACGGACCGGGGGGGGGGGGCGGUUUGGGGCCGGGCGCCGUGGAGCCGGUAACGGGCCGCUCCGUGCGGGGCGUUUUUAUCGCCUUUGUCCUUCGUGACUCUCAGUUUGCAAUAAAACAGCGCCGCCCGGAGCUGCGGCCUAACGCCGGGACUGCGGCCUGCAGCACUGCCGGGACCGACAGCGGGAACCGGAAGCUCCGGACGGCGAACACAGAGCACCGCG